AUGACCACUGCUCAAGUUGAUCAAAAAGGUGACAAGCUUAUUGGUCGCAAGACACUUCCACUUCUUAAUAUAUUCUUACGUGAUGUAGUUAAAAUAAUUAUUACUAAUGAACUUGUUCCAUAUGAAUUUGCCAUUUUUUAA